UUCCGAGCCCAAGUCGCCAGCCAGGGGCAUUCCGGUCAAUUCACACAUGAGCGGACGCGGGCGUUAGGGUUCCAUCCUGGCCUGCCGCCACCCCCCCGACUAAGAAGACAUAGACAUUAUCCUGACCCGACCAUCACCGCUAACUCGCGAGCUGCCUAAAACCCUUGCUCUCCCCGCCCCGCCCCGCCCAGCUUCUGCUUCUCCCGCGGAGCUCAAGCACCACGCCUCCUCCUCCUCAUCCUCACGCGGCGGCGGCGGAUCGUCUCGUUGGAGGAUCGGAUCAGCGAUCGCAUCGCGCCUGCUGCUUUCCAUGGGGAUGGGGAUGGAGAUGGAGACCGAUCCCAAUACUUCUUCCCCCUCGGCCGACGACGCCACCGCCACCGCCUCCGGCGAGACCAAGGCCUGCGCCGACUGCCACACCACCAAGACUCCGCUCUGGCGCGGAGGGCCCGAGGGACCCAAGUCCCUCUGCAACGCCUGCGGCAUCCGCUACCGCAAGAGGAGGAGACAGGCCCUCGGCCUCGACGCCGCCGCCGACACGCAGCAAGAUCAACAGCAGCCGAAAAGGAAGGCCGCCGAUCCGCCGGAGGAUCACCAGCAGCACAAGGCCGCCGAUCCGCAGGAGGACCAGCAGCAGCCGAAGAAGAAGGCCGCCGCCGCCAGCAGCAGCACCACCACCACCAUCACCACCAAGAAAGAGAAAGAGAGAGAGAAAGACAAGGACAAGAAGAGAAAGGAUCGGCAAGUCACCGUGGAGCUCCGCGUGGUGGGUUUCGGCAAGGAGGUGAUGCUCAAGCAGCGCCGCCAGAUGCGCCGCAAGAAGUGCAUGAGCGAGGAGGAGAGGGCGGCCGUCCUCCUCAUGGCGCUGUCGUCGGGCGUCAUCUACGCCUCAUGAUUCCAUCCAUCCAAAUUCCAAGGGGAGAGGCGGGAGGUGGUGCCGUGCCUUUGAGUUGCAGCAGAUCGUCCACCUGCUGCGUGCUAUCCUUUGUGUUUUCCUGCCUCGCUCUCCUCUCUCCCCCCUCCGCAGUCACUAGUUAGUGGGAGCCGAAGCUGAACAACAUCCCAAUAAUCCUUCCUGUACUAGCUUAGCCCAUGGAUCUGUAAUGCUCUAGUAGCAAGCAAGUAUCCCAUUCAUGUAACAAUUGUGUUUUAGGGGAGCAUGACCUGACCCAGCAGUAACAAUGGUCAUUGGUGUUUGUGCAGUGGACGGACACAUGGCUGUUUUUGCUCA